GACUGACCGAUGAUGAGAGUAUCAGGGAAUUGAGGUGCUAGUGAGAUCAACAGACCGCCAAAUCCACAUCCAAUAUCUGCAAACGAUGGUCUCUGGUUUAUAAAGGCUGGAUAAUGAGUUGACCAAUCGAUUGAAUCGGGUGAUGAUGGAUAGACAAGUGAAUGGUCAGAGAAUGGAUUCGCGUGCGCUCGUUGUCUGUAAUGUUUUUUCUAUUCAAAAUUUAGUCUUUCAUUUAUUAGAGCUGACCGAACUGACCUGUGGAAGCAGUGAAGUUGCGUUGCUCGUCGUCGCCGUCACCGUCGUCGUCGUCAUUCUCUUUCGCUUUGGCAUCUUCCUCGGUCACGGUUCGGUUCGCGCCCGCGUUGCUCCCGCGUGCGGCAUCGAUCCACUGUUGACAUUUUUCCCGUGGUCCGAUGUUUUCCGAUAUUCUCCCUCUUAAAUUUCAAUUUCAACUUCACCCUGACUCUCACUUUCUUCCCUUCACUCCCCACCAUGGUCGCUGCUCUCCGUAACGUCUUCAAUGUCUCACGCUCUCCACUGCUUGCACGCACCUCAAUUCGAUUCUCUUCAACAGCUUCAAGACACCUCACUCUAAAAGAACGUCUUGCCGAGCUCAUCCCUACAGAAAUAGAAAAGGUAAAAGCAAUAAGAGCAGAGCAUGGUAAAAAGGCAUUCGGUCCAGUAACAGUCGACCAACUUUAUGGUGGUAUGCGUGGUCUCCCAGCCCUCAUCUGGGAUGGUUCCGUACUCGACCCAGAGGAUGGCAUCCGUUUCCGCGGAAAGUCCAUCGACGAGUGCAAGAGCCUUCUACCUGCAGCACCAGGUGGCUCAGAACCCCUUCCAGAAGGUCUCUUCUGGCUCCUCCUCACCGGCGAAAUUCCAUCCAAGGAACAGGUUGCAGAGCUUAGCCGUGACUGGGCUGCUCGUGCUGAGAUACCUGAUUUUGUAAAGGAGAUCAUCGACCGCUGCCCUCCCACUCUUCACCCCAUGAGCCAAUUCUCUAUGGCAGUCACCGCACUCAACCAUGACUCUGCCUUUGCCAAGGCAUACCAAGACGGUGUCUCCAAGAAGGAAUACUGGGGUUACACAUUCGAGGACUCUAUGGAUCUUAUUGCUAAGCUCCCCAACAUCGCUGGUCGCAUAUACCGCAAUGUCUUUGGUGACGGAAAACUCCCUGCCAUCGAUAACAGCAAGGAUUACUCCGCCAACCUCGCAACUCUCCUCGGCUUCGGUGACAACGAGGCAUUCGUCGAGCUCCUCCGUCUUUACAUCACCAUCCACACCGACCACGAAGGCGGUAACGUCUCCGCCCACACCGGCAAACUCGUCGGUUCCGCCCUCUCUGACCCCUUCCUUGCAUUCGGUGCCUCCCUCAACGGUCUCGCAGGCCCCCUUCACGGCCUCGCCAACCAAGAGGUCCUCCUCUGGCUCCGCAAAAUGCAAUCCCAAAUCGGUGAAAACGCCACAGACGACGCUGUCAAAUCCUACGUCUGGUCCACUCUCAAAAAUGGCCAAGUUGUCCCCGGCUACGGUCACGCUGUCCUCCGUAAGACCGACCCCCGCUAUACCGCCCAGCGCGAAUUUGCCCUCAAGAACCUCCCCAAUGACCCCCUGUUCAAACUCGUUGGUCAGAUUUAUGAUAUCGUCCCUAGUAUUUUGUUGGAGGCGGGUAAGGCAAAGAACCCGUGGCCAAAUGUGGACGCCCAUUCUGGUGUGCUGUUAACCCAUUAUGGGCUGCAUCAAAUGCAAUUCUAUACCGUGCUGUUUGGUGUUUCCCGUGCGUUUGGAGUGGCUGCUCAGUUGAUCUGGGAUCGUGCGCUUGGUGCUCCUUUGGAACGUCCGAAAUCGUAUUCAAGUGAAGCCAUCCAGAAAAUGUUCAAGGACAGGCAUUGAUGGACAUUGCUCGUUUCGGCUGUUGUUUUCGCAUAUCUUUAUGGCUACAUGAUUCAUAGACUACCUUAAAACCCAUGAGAGUUAUUGUCCCAGGGAAUGCAUAACCUUAAACUUUACCUGUUCUUAUGGCCCAUGUAUAACCGGUACCAGGCGGUCAUCCAGGAGGCAUUAACGGUGUAAGACAGAAGUGGCGUCCCAACUCGUCGAAAGUCUGUUUUUACGCAAACCUAUUUCUAAUCUGGAUCCAAUUUCGGAUUCC